CAUAUUAUAUCACUUCUAGAAAGGAGUAGCAGUAUAUUAUUGGAGAAGUGGCACAGGCCUUGUAUAAAAAAGGCUUCUCUUUCAAAUAUAAUGUCUUAUCAAAAAAGAACAAGUGAUGAGUGUUUGAAUUUUGAGGACGCCAGUCUGGUUUAUGUUAGUGAUAGACAUGGUGUACUUACAUCUCCCCCAGGAUAUGAAAAAUCGUCAGCAAAAAAGAUUGUGAGAGAAUGUGAUGUUGUUCAUGGUGCCUCCUGUGUCAGACAGCUUUCUGAAAACCGACAGUCCCCACGAAGUUUAUUUCAAAUUUGUAAGAACUUUACCACCAAGAAUCUUCAUCUUCUUGAGUCAUUGGAUGACUUUCCUGAGACAAUUGGUCAUGAAUUGUUCCUUGAAGCUCUUCAAGUUGAAAGUUUUCAUAAAAAUCCAGCUUAUUUGAAGAUUUUCUGUGAAGCUUAUAAAGAGCUUGUAUUAAAAGAUCUGUGUUUAAAAGAAGAAACAAUUUUAAUUGAUGAAUUUCUGCCGUAUUUUCUAUGUUUCAACAAUUUACUAAAAUUAGACUUGAGUCAUUGUCGAUUGGGGAAUAAACAUGAAUAUUUAAACUUUAUUGGAAGAAUGAAAAGUUUGGAAUGUUUAUAUCUCAAGGACAAUUGCCUCACUGACAGUGGAUUGGCAACAUGGUCUCUGCCUUACAGGAUGUUCAAUAAUGGACCACAAUUUCUCAAAAUAUUGGACCUCUCAUGCAAUCCCGAUCUUACUUGUUUCUGUUUAAAGUCAUUAUUUAAGUUUUCUCACCUCAAAUGUUUAAAUCUUUCUGGGACUGGUGUCACGAUGUCACCUGGUAUUGCAAGAUUUAAAAAAAUAAUGAACUUUAGUUUGGUCUCAUAUAUAGAAGAAUUCAGCCAAGACGCAUCUACAAUAACCAGUGGUUGGGCUGCCUCGUUUAUUUCUGAAUUAUCAUCAAAAUUGAAUGCACAAAAAAAUGAAUGGAAUGGAAAAAACGAACUUUAAACAAUUUCUAUCAACGACAUGAUACUUCAGCUGUGAUGACGUCAAGAAAGAUUAAUACCAAUCAUUAUCCAUUAGUAUUACUUCAGUCAGUGGAAGAUGUUUUACCAGGUACCCUACGGACCCUGCGUGGUGAGAACCAAUCAAAAAAAGAAAUAGUUACGAGUGACAAAUGUUCUGCGUUCAAGUGUCAAAAGGAACGUAAAACGCAUGUCAAAGAUGAAGGUUUAGAUAAACAUAAUGAAACAAAACU